UGAACGCAGCAUAUGACGAUUCUCUGCCUUUAGCAGUUAGUGUGGCCUGCCGUCUUGAAGAAUAGCCCAACGUUAGCUAAAUAAUCAACAUUUGACAAGUUUGAACUCUGACUCGAGGGUUUUAAACGAGAUGGCGUCGAAUGAUUACCCUCCAACUGCAGCCCAGGGAUAUGGGUCCUAUGGUGGUGGCCAGGCCAGCCUGAUUGGCUACAGUCAGUCGUCCACCCAGCAGGGCUACGGCAGCAGUGGCGGCUACAACCAGAGCUCUGAGGGAAACUCUGCCUCCUACGGCCAGGGAGGCUCCGGCUCUAACUACGGCCAGUCGCAGUCAGGAGGAUAUGGUUCUCAGCCUCCAUCCCAGGGCGGUCAGCCCUACAGCUCUGGGGGCUACAACAACAACAGUAGUAGUAGUCAGCCACCACAGAGCGGCUACAACCAGCAGUCGUCCUACUCUGGAUAUGGACAACAGCAGUCUGCUGCUGCACAGUCUUCUACCAGUAGCUAUGGCAACAACUCCCAGCCCUCUAGCUACGGGCAGCAGCAGCCGCAGAGUGGGGGCGGGGGCAGCUACGGGAGCCAGAGCGGAAGCGGCUAUGGGGGCAGUGGCGUUGGACAGAGUGGGGCUUAUGGGGGCAGCGGGGGGCAGCAGCAGGCCGGGGGGGCUCCCUACAGCCAGGCCCCCAGCUACAGCUCACCCCCACCCCAAAGCUACGGCCAGCAGACCAAGUACAGUCAGGGGGGUGGAGGAUACAGAGGCAACUCUCCACCAAUGGGAGGAGGGGGUGGAGGAGGGGGUGGAGGAGGGUAUGGUGGCUCGGACGGGGGCUACGGAGAUAGUGGAGGGCGAGGCCGUGGAGAAAGGGGAGGCGGCUUUAGGGGUCGCGGGGAUGGUGACCGAGGAUUUGACCGAGGUGGUGGACAAAGAGGCACGGGCGGCAUGGGAAUGGGCGAUCGUGGAGGAUUCAAUAAGUUUGGUGGACCGAGAGACCAGGAACCUGGUGGGCCCAGCUCCACUGAAGACCAGGAUAACUCUGACAACAACACCAUCUUCGUGCAAGGCAUGGGAGAUGGCUACACCGUUGAUUCUGUGGCUGACUUCUUCAAGCAGAUCGGCAUCAUCAAGAUCAAUAAGAAGACUGGUCUGCCCAUGAUCAACCUGUAUACAGACAGAGAGACAGGGAAGCUGAAGGGCGAGGCCACCGUGUCCUUUGACGACCCCCCUUCUGCCAAAGCUGCCAUCGACUGGUUUGAUGGGAAGGACUUCAAAGGGAACCCCAUCAAGGUGUCCUUUGCGACCCGCAGGGCGGACUUCGGAGUAGGCCGGGGUGGGGCUGGCGGCAUGAGAGGAGGACGAGGAGGAGGUGAGGCAGAGUUUGGUGGGCCGAUGGGUCGUGGCGGGUUCGGAGGUGGUAGAGGUGGUGGUGGUGGUGGUGGUGGUCUCUCUGGCGACAACGGUGGCCGUGGCAAUGGAGGACAGCAGAGAGCUGGAGACUGGAAGUGUUCCAACCCGGUGUGUGGGAACCUGAACUUUUCGUGGAGGAACGAGUGUAACCAGUGCAAGUCCUCCAAACCAGAGGGGGCCGGAGGUGGCAUGUCUCCUAUGGAUGGAGGCGGAGGUUUCAGUGGAGACAGAGGGGGUCGUGGGGGUUUUGACCGUGGGGGAUUCCGGGGCCGAGGGGGUGACAGAGGUGGGUUCCGAGGCGGACGCGGAGGCGACAGGGGUGGAUUCGGACCGGGCAAGAUGGAUGGAAGGGGUGAACACAGACAGGACCGCAGAGACAGGCCCUACUAGACCAACGCCACUCCAAGCUGGGACUAGUUCUCCAUCCUGCUCCUCCUCUCUUACUUUCCUCUAGGACCCACCGCCCAACUUCCUCCCAAACCCUCCUUUUAUACAGUGUUAAAAGUUGUUACUUUGCCCAUGUUUCUUGACUGUUUUGACAGACCUGACUAUCCCGCAAACACUCACACUCCCCAUAUACCCCACUCCCUCCAAAGUUUGGUAAACUUGAUUUUAUUUGUUCUUGAAGAGCUCUUUACAUUUGCUGUUGCUGUCUUUUGAGUUGUUUUGGAAUCUUAAUGUUUUGUUUUUAAAAUUAAAGUAUAAAACCAAA